GUACCCCUCGCGUUGUUGUUUUCCUGUAAACAUUCAAUCGACGAUGAGUAAUCCACUUCUCAUUCUAUAUGGCUCACAGACAGGCAACGCGCAGGAUGUGGCGGAGCGCAUUGGGCGGGAAGCCCGGCUGCGGCUGUACUCGCCGCGCGUGGUGGCUAUGGACAGCUACGACGUGACCAGCCUGCCCGCGGAGCCGCUGGUGGUGUUUGUGACCGCUACAACAGGCCAGGGCGAGCCGCCGGACAACAUGCGGCGCUUCUGGCGCUUCCUGCUGCGCAAGUCGCUGCCGCCCGAUUCGCUGGCGGGGCUGCGGUUCGGCGUGUUCGGGCUGGGCGACUCGGGCUACCCGCAGUACAACGUGAUGGCCAAGAAGCUGGACCGGCGGCUGGAGGGGCUUGGCGCCCGGGCCCUUCUGGAGCGGGGGCUGGGAGACGACCAGCACCCCAGCGGCUUCGAGGCGGCCCUGGACCCCUGGCUGACGCGGCUGUGGCCGGCGCUGCGGGUGGUCAGCCCCCUGCCGGCCGGCGUGCCCGAGCCGGUGGUGUCCGAGGACGCGCUGCUGGAGCUGGGGCCGCCCAAGUUCAGGGUGACGCUGCUGCCGCGCGGCGGCGAGGCGGAAGCAGCGGCGCGGCGGGCGCUGGCGGCGCGACUGGCGGCGGAGCAGCCGCAGGUGCGCGGCCUGGCCGCGGUUGUGCUGGCGCGCGGCUGCAGCAGCAGCGCCAAUGGCAGUAGCAGCAGCACCAAUGACAGUAACGGCAGUAGUGCGAUGGAGGAUGGAGGGGCGCAGCCAAAGUACCUGGCGCAGGCUGCUGACACGGCGCCUGCUGAUGGUGCUGUCGGCGGCGGCGGCGGCAGACUGGCUCACUGCCGACUGGCGGAGGCGGCCGCCGCCGCCACUGACUUCCGCCGCCUGCUGCAGGCGGCGGCGGGGGCCGCGCCGCCGGACGCUGGAAUAACCGCCGCCCAGACUCCCAACGGCACCCCUUCUGGUAACGGUAGCGCUAGUGCUGCCGCGGUGUCGUACGGCCCCUGGCGGCCGUACCUGGCUCGUCUGGUCUGCAACCAGCGGAUCACGGCGCCGGACCACUUCCAGGACACGCGGCACGUGGAGCUGGAUCUGGAGGGCUCGGGUCUGUCGUACGAGCCAGGGGACGUCAUCUCCGUACUGCCCAUGCCAAGCGAGGCGGUGGCGGACGCCUUCCUCACGCGCCUGGGGCUGGACGGCGAUCAGUGGGCGCGGGUGGAGCUGGCGGCGGAGGGCAGCGGCCAGGACGGAAGCACUGCAGGGCUGCAGCAGGAGCAGCAGGAGCAGGAGCAGGGCCAGCAGGGGGCGGGAGGGGCGGGAGCUGCGGGAGUGGGGCCGUGUGCGUUCACGGCGCGGGUUCGGUCUCUGGUGACUGGGUGCCUGGAUAUCGGCGGCGGCUCCCCGCGGCGGUACCUGUUCCAGGUGCUGCUUCAGUCAGCCACAGCGGAGCACGAGCGCGAGCGGCUGUCGUACUUCGCCACAGCCGAUGGCCGAGACGACCUGUACAGGUAUAACCAGCGCGAGGGCCGAACCCUGCUGGAGGUCCUCCAGGACUUCCGCUCCUGCGCGCCGCCGCUGGCCCGACUGCUGGAGGCCGCGCCGCACCUGCGCCCGCGCCAGUUCAGCGCCGCCUCCUCCCCGCGCCUGCGGGGGCCGGCUGCCGCGCAGCUGCUGGUGGCGCUAGUGUCGUACGUCACGCCGUACAAGCGGUCGCGGCAGGGGCUGUGCAGCGCCUACCUGGCGGGGCUGGAGCCGAAGGAGGGCGGGGAGGAGGUGCGUGUGGCGGUGUGGACGGAGCGCGGCUCGCUGCGCAUGCCGCGGUCCCUGCAGACGCCGCUCAUCCUGGUCGGCCCCGGCACAGGCGUGGCGCCCUUCCGCUCCUUCCUGGAGGAGCGCUGCGCCCUAGCGCGCCAGGCGCACGCCGCCGGCCAGCCGCCGCCAGCGCCCUGCUUCCUGUUCUUCGGCUGCCGCAGCCCCGCAGCCGACUUCUACUACCAGGCCCAGUGGGAGGAGUACCGGCGGCUGGGGGUGCUGGACCGGGAGCAUGGGCUGAUCACCGCCUUCUCGCGGCACACGCCGGAGCAGCAGGCGCAGCAGGGGCAGGCGGUGCAGGGGCAGCAGGCACAGGGGCAGGGGAAGGGGCAGGAGAAGGGCGAGGGCGGGGAGCAGCAGAAUGCGGGCGCUGCCGCGGCGCCCACAUCCAAGGUGUACGUAACGCAGCGCAUCCGCGAGCACGGCGCGCUGGUGUGGCGCUUGCUCAACGGCCUGCCUCCUGCUGCUGCCGCCGCCCCCGCUACAGCCGCGGUUGAUAAUCCUGCUACAGCCGCUGCGGCAGCUCCCACAGCUGUGCACAGUGCGCACAGCGGGGCCGGUGAGGCCGCAGCGCAGGCGGCAGCGCCCGCGGCGGCAGCCAUGGAGCCGGCGGUUGUGUACGUGUCGGGCUCGGCACAGAAGAUGCCGGCAGGCGUGGCCGCGGCUUUUGCAGACGUGGCGGUGGCGCACGGCGGGCUGGACAAGGAGGCCGCGGCGGCGUGGGUGCGGCAGCUGGAGCUCCGAGGCAGGUACUUUGUGGAGGCGUGGAGCUAGGCUGGGCAAGGCUUUGACUGAGUGAGGAGUGAGGAGUGAAAACGCAGUUCUUGGAGGAAAGAGUGAUUAACAAGAGAAGGUGGCUCUCCCUUGCAAGGGAAAAGUGGGCUGUGCCGCCACGCCACGUCCUCCGUCUGAGGCCGAAGGUUCCGAUACUAGCCUCAUCUCCCGGACAUAGCCGGGGUCGGUUUGUACAGGCACCGCCCGCCAUAUGUGCCCAGUCGCGCCCAGCUAUCAAGCACUAGUGCAGCAGGCAGCAGGCCAACCAGGGAAUAGCAAUUUAUAAUACGUGGCGCUCGCGGUUUGCACCAGUUUGGCACUUUUUGUCAACGCAGGCAGGCAGGCAGGCAGGCAGGCAGGCAGGCAGGCACGGAGGAGUGAAAACGAGAGUGAUUAGAAAUACAAGCUUGAGGUGCCGGGGGUGGGGGUGGGGGUGGGGGGCCGUGGAGUUGCGGCGCUGCAGAUGCUGUUGUCUUCGUGCCGUGUUGGGCGUGAUGCGGGUGGAGGGCAGAAGGUGGCGGUCCAGCUGCGGGCGUUCGGAUAGUUUCGCGUGUGCGAUGGGCCAGGGGGCAUGAAAGUGCAUUUGGGGUGAGCAUGGAGAGCGUGACGCGGAGCGAGGCACGAAGCAAUCAUGGAGCCGUCCUGCACAGGCUGCAUGGGCGCAGUGAAAGAGGCAUUCGGUGAUUACAGUCGGUCCCCGAUCUGCAGUUGGACGAGGCGCAGUGGCACAGUGGGGCACUGGGGCCUACCACGGAUCCUCAGCGGCACGCCUGUUGCGUGCGGCGUGCCUUUGCAGUACCAUUCGUGGCGGGGGUUGUGAGUUUGGGCGCGUUCCCGUGGUACGGGAUACCUUACACCACCGGAUGUGUAUUGCUCAGGUGUAGCCGCGAGCCUGCAGAGUCGGAGGCAAUGCUGUGGCACACCGUGCAGCUAUCGCGAUCGACUGC